AGCGCAAUAUUUCGUUUAAAGGAAAUGUCAAACCUGCUUAACCUAUAAAAUAAUAUUUAAAAUUUAUUUUCUUAAUUUUAAAAUGGAUCAAAGUGUUGCGAAUAACCGAUGUAAAUAUUGUAAGGAAGAAUUAACAUUAUAUCAGGAAUGCUUAACCUGUAUUAAUUGUAAUGAGGGAACCCAUACAAAAUGUUCAAAAAAAGGGUCUGUUCCUGGUGGUUUAAGCGGAGAUGUUUUUUUUAAAUAUACUUGCUCAGAAUGUUCUUCGACAAGUACAGAAGUUUUUGUUAGAGAUAAAAUGCCAUGGGUACAAGUAAUUACUUUGAUUUUGCAUCAUAUGCAAACACGAACGCCUGGAUUAGCUAGGAAAGGUUAUUUUCAUUGGAAAACACACAUCGCUACUUUCAUUACAAAAUAUUGGGAUGUCUUAUUUAGUAAAGAUUUUAAACGAAAGAAAAAAUGGAUGGGCACUGUUGCGGGAGCUUUAUCUCAUAAUAGCCCGUUAAUAUUUUCAUCUGGAACUUCAGCUGUUAAUGAUCAAGGAUGGUGGACAUUAACAUAUCCACAAUUAUUACCAAAAAUUAUUGUUGAUAUCAACUCAGAAUUUAUAUCAAAAAAAUUAAAAUACAAGGAAAACAAAGUUUUAAUUUAUUCCGAUGUGAAUUUAUUUGAAGAAAUAGCUGUCGAGAAAGGGAUAAAACGUGAAUUUCUUGAAACUGUCAAUAAUAGUGAGAUUUCUAAAAUGGUUUUUGUUAAAGAAAGUAUUCCGGAUUCUUCAUCUAAAAAAAUAAGGAGUGAAAUUGAGAAAAUAAAUGAAGCAUCACCUAAAAAGUAUAUAAAAUUAGAUAAUCAUAUUGACCAAGUUAAUAAAAAAUCUGAUUUAAUAAUGGAUAAAAAUAAAUUAUAUAAAAAACCUGGAAACUUUUUAGAUCCAUUCAUUCAUUAUAAUACAUCAUUAAAAAGUAUUUCGCAUUUUAUUGGUGCAAAAUUAAGUGUAAAAUUAACUGGGACGAUUCGUGAAGAAUUAAUUUUAUCACCUUACAGCGGGUUAUAUUUAAAACCUUAUAUUUUAAGAGACACAGAAAGUUUUCCAACAUGGUUACAACUAAUGGCAGAAAUUCAGUUAAAAGGAAAUGAAAAAAACGAAAAUUUUAUUUUACAGCCAAGAUAUCCUAUCGAUUAUACUUAUGUUCAACCCAGUCAUAUUCCAGCUAUAAAUAGUUUAUGUAAUCAAUUUUUUUGGGAAGGAAUUGAUUUAACCGAAUCGCUUCAAUAUCCAGAUUUUAGUUGUGUUGCUUUGUACAAAAAAUUAAUUGUUGCUUUUGGAUUUAUAGUACCAAACGUAAAUGUUAAUGAAAAUUAUUUGUCGUUUAUUUUUACAAGACCUGGAUGGAGAAACGCCGGACUUGGAAGAUUUAUUAUUUAUCAUUUAAUACAGACCUCAUUAGGUAAAGAUAUAACAUUACAUGUAUCAAUAACAAAUGCGGCUUUGUUACUUUAUCAAAAAUUCGGUUUCAAAGUGGAAAAUGUCGAAUUGGGAUUUUAUGACAAAUAUCUUAGAAGAGAUACAACCGAAUCUAAACAUGCUUUCUUUUGUAGAUUAGAACGUUAAUUUAUUAUUUUUUAUAAAUAAUUUUUUCAUUAAAUAAAUUAAGUUUAUAUUAAUAAUAAAAAAUAUAUAUAAAAUUACAGUAAAACUUCGAUAUAACGCAAUGGUGUCCACUAACUUUUGAUCAAGAUCGACCGAAGGGUUUAAAGUAACCUUCCUUUUUUUUGCUCUGAGGCCCAGAUAUAGAUAUUUCAGAUUCAUGAUUUUCUUGGCGAUCGACGUUAUGACCACCACUGAUUUAGAGCUUAUAAAUAAAAAAUGGUAAUAAUUGAGUUC